AGUGUAGCUGAAGGUGAGAAGUGUUAUUUUAGAGCUGCUACAUGCUCGCUUUUAAUUUGUAAAUGAUGUGCAUUAAAUACUUAAAAUGCAUCCAGGGGACAUGUAGAUACAGAAGUGUCUGGAUUUGAUUAGGCUGUAAAUUCUGAAUCAACUUAUUUCUGUUGGUCACACUCUGUAGGACUGUUGACCAUUUUCUUGCAAGAACAUAAAUCUUAAAGACUUUGUUUCAUGCCUUUUAUUAAAACAAAAAAAAUUGCCACAACAAAUAACUAACUACUGAUCUUUUAUCAUAUAAUGAUAUACUGUGUCAUGUUAAAUCAAAAUGCUACUUGUGAAAAUUGCUUGUGGGCAAUGAAAUGUGGUCUUUGUUUUAUGUUUCCUGCUAUAGAUAGACAUGUCAUUUAGCAUAAGUUGUUUUGUGGGUGGGGUUAUUUCCAGGAACUCUUUUUUUUUCCAGUAUUAGAAGUUCUAAAUAUUUUUGAUCAUGAUGGAGAACAGUGCAGGCUUCAAUUCAACAUCUAACAGCACUGCUGUUGGUUCAGAGAAGAUCACUCCUGCUGUAAUUCUGGGUUUGUGCUGUUUGGUUGGUUUGCCAAGCAACAUUGUGGUAAUCAUCAGCAUUGCUCGUGAGUGGAGCAAAAAUCUGAGCUUCACCUUAAAACUAAUGUUAUACCUUGCAGUCUCUGAUGCUUUGACUCUUUGCUUGGCUCCUUUUGUGGUUUAUGGAAUACUGUUUGGAUGGAAGUUCGGCCUUUGGUCUUGUAAGUUUCUGUUUUUUUUGGGUCACUGGAGUCUGUAUGUUGCUGUUCUGACUGUCACAUCCAUGAGCGUACACCGCUAUCAUAAUGUCUUCAAGUCAAGAGUCACUAACAGGAUGAUACUCCGGAGACCGGAAAGACAGCAGAGGUGCCUUCAGCUGAUUGGCAUCUGGAUUCUAGCCUUUGCUUUUGCCCUACCAGUAUUUUUUACUCAAGGGCUCAAAGACAAGAAUGGAUUGCUAAGAUGUCAGAGGAUAACGAAGUCACAGUUUGUGGUGACUGUUUUGCUUUUUGAGAUCCUGUUGGGGUUUAUCAUUCCAUUUUGUAUAAUGUUGACAUGUUAUUUAUGGUUGGACAAAGGGUUGAGACAAAAAGCCAGGAGCUCCAGUCUAACUAGUUCUCCACAGGAUCAGGAACCCAGAAACCAGGGGACAAAUGUUAAGACUUACAAGAAGAGACUUGUGAUCAGUAUCGUAGUGGCUUUCUUCCUCUUUUGGACUCCUGUGCAUAUUAUCAAUGUGGUUGAUAUAGUCACUACUCUGACUAAAACAUCUCAUCCAGAUGUUCAUUCCCAACUGAAGACUUUCCGCGGAGUAUAUGGUGAUACAAGCAAGACUCUGGCUUUGCUGAACUGCUGUCUGAAUCCUUUUCUUUAUGCCAUCUCUUCACAGAAUCUUAUGAAAUGUUUCAGAAUGAGAUAAUUAAAACAAUUCUGAAUUAUUUAUUUGCAGUCAAUUAUCCUUUGGAAAUUUAAGAAAAAUGGUUCUAAAGAGUACCAAAUUUGCAUUAUAUAUAGCCCUUUUUAUAAUGUUCCAUAAAGAACCAUGCUUAAAAAGAGCUUUAUUGUAUACUGCAGGACAUUCAUAGUGUUAUAAUUUGUUAUUUUCAUUAAUAUUAGUAUUAUUAGUCAUAUCUUGUAGGUACUUUUGUUUUUAUUUAUGUAAAAAUUACAGUGCUCCAACAACAGUGCUCUAAUUCAUAAAUGGCAAAUUAUAUUGAUCUUGAAUAAAUAGCACAACACAGAAGCAGGAAAUAGUAAUGAAGACCAAG